CGAAGGAGGGCGCGGAACGAACACCGUUGCAACCGGAACUCUGUUGCACGAUUGUUCGCAGCGAGGGUACCCUUUUGCUUCCUAGUCGCAGUCCUUGCAGGAAGAUCGAGAACAACAGUGGUGAAAGGGUUCCUUGCACCCGGAAUCACAAAAAUGCCGAUGGUUACUGCCAGUUUAAAAUUAUCUUGGUUAUCUCUCGGGGAAGAAUCGAACAUCCAUGCGCAAUGCUACAACAGACAAAGGAUGACCUUCCGGCGGCGUCUUGCAAGAACCGAAGCUACGGGUGACGAAUCAGAAAAACGCGAGCAAACCAAUCGAGCCAUCCAAAGCCUUAUGGUGAAGCAUGACCCUAUCCUCCUCUUUGCUAGCCGACUUCUUUCCCCUCAAAAAGCCGAGGAGGCUUCUGCGCUGUACGCUUGGUGCCGUCGCCUGGACGAGAUUUGCGAUUCGGAGGAAAACUCCAGUAAGCCGGAAUUGGUCCAGGAUCAGUUGGAUGUUUGGCAGGAACGAUUCGACGACUUAUGGAGCGACGAGACGAAGGAAGGCGCAAGAAAAACUACGCGGGUGGAACCAACCGCAACAACUUACUACUCGGAGGAUGACUUUCUUAUGGAUCUGGCACUCAAGGAAUGCAUCGAGCGGUACCAGAGCUCAGGCAUGCUGACCCGCAAACCUUUCGACGACAUGGUUCAGGGCAUGAAAUCAGACGCCGUGGAGAAACGACGCAUCAGAGAUAUGGCAGAACUAGAGCUCUACGGCUAUCGGGUUGCUGGUACGGUGGGCCUCAUGCUAUUACCACUGCUCCUCACCCCCGAAGACGAUGCAAACGACAGCAGCUCCACUUCGGCCGCAGAGGCUGUGAAAACCGCCAGAGAACCAGCGACGUGCCUGGGAACUGCGAUUCAGUUGGUCAAUAUUCUACGGGAUGCAACACAGGAUGCAGUGCUCGGGCGCAUCUACCUCCCGACGGAUAUGCUCCGGGCUGAGGGCGUCACGGAGGAAGACGAAGCGAAGUGGUUGUUGGAAGCGGCCGUUGGAGAAGGCAUGUCGCCGGCCCCCGAUGGCUACAAGCGGGUUGUGGAGAAGGUUUCCAACCGGGGGUACGAGCUCCUGGCCCACGCCGAAGAGGGCCGGUCGACUCUGCCGGGACCCUUUGGUCCCCUGCUGGUCCAGGUGAUCGUCGAAUUGUAUCGGGAUUACCUGGAGGAGCUGAAGCGCCGGGGCUACGAUAACUUACAAGGCGGAAGCGGAAGUAACAAAGGAACUAUGGAUCGGGUCAAGAUUAGCGGUCUGCGAAAGGCGCAAGCCUCGCUGCGGGCUAUCGCGAAAGUCUUGAUCGAUUCAAAACAAACAAGCAUUCUGAUUCAAUUCGACUCGCUAUCAGACUUCCUUCCACAACUAUACAAAUAUAAACUCUAAUUUGAUAGUGCUUUACAUCAGCAAACAUAUUGACAUUAUAUCACGCCGCAACAUUGGACAAUCCAACAUCGUCUCAAGGUAUGAUACGAUUAUUACCGUACCAAGUUUUGGAAGUCACAUCGCAUUAAAAUAAUAAUAGUGAG